AACUUUUCAUCUGGCUGAAGUAUAGCUCAAAGAGAUAUAACCGACUGUAUUUUACGUAUGUACAUAGUAAUCCUGUAAGCCGUUUUUGACAGGGUUUUUUUGGCUUGUCAAAAGAAAGUGAAAUAGAAGUACACUAUUAUCUCUUCUUAAAUCUAAACCGCAAAGGAAAACUCAAGUAUUCUUAUUCUUGGGAUAAAUCGCAGCUUCAAAGUUCUCUACCAUCAUAAGUAUAAUUGUAUACGAGAAUUGAUUAAAAGCAAUAUUUUAAACACGAUUUUAAGUGAAUUCAUUGUGUAAAUUAUAAUCGAAAAUAAAUUAUGUCGUGCAUGGAUACUUUAGAGGAUAUCGAUAGCAAUAAAAAACAAACAGCAUUGACUCAAUCAGAGUUAAAAAGUGAAAGAAAAUCAGAAAAUACUCUACGAAUGGUGGAUGUAAUUCGAGACAAGCCAAUUAAGGUUUCUGUUAAAGUUGCGGUACCUGUUAGAGACCAUCCAAAGUUUAAUUUUGUCGGUAAACUGCUGGGGCCUAAGGGAAAUUCGCUAAAAAGACUUCAAGAAGAAACUAUCACGAAAAUGGCAAUACUCGGAAGAGGAUCAAUGCGAGACAAGAGUAAGGAGGACAAAUUGCGAAACUCGGGUGAUUCGAAAUUCGCACAUCUCAAAGAUGAUCUUCACGUCGAAAUUACAGCUUUUGCUCCAGCCGCAGAAGCUCAUGCUCGAAUCGCAUAUGCUUUAACGGAAGUCCGGCGUUUUUUAGUUCCGGAUUAUAACGACGAGAUCCGACAAGAGCAAAUGUGGGAAAUGCAAGUAUUGCAAAAAAGUGGUUUUUCGACGGAUGCGACUGAUUCGGAAACGGGCGAAAGCAGAUCUUCAUUACAUUCUAUGGACGACAACCUCCAAAAUGAUUGUUCUACUCAACCGAUCAGUGAAUGCUCACCUGUGCACAUUAAACACAGUGCCGAUCAAACACUAAUUAGAAUUUCGGAAACCCCUGGAAGAAAACGACCUUUGCUAACCGGAGGUGAAUCUUCAAAAGUGGCAAUGAGUCCGUCAAAGAGAACAGUAAUGGCAAUUUUGGCGAGGGCUAGGACUGCUCAAGUUCAUGCUAAAGAUAUGGUCACGUUGACGCCUCAUUUAAACGGACUCAUUCGAACGGAUGUAUCCGGGCUCAGGGAAAAACCUUUCAUCUCGUCCAAUAAUCUGCUUUUUAAUUGAUUGUAUGUUAUUUUAUAAUGUUGGUGGUAUAUAAUGGCCAAAUAGUUUUUUUCGCAUUUUCAUAUAUUAUUAUAUUUUUUUUUAAGGAAUUAGAGGUAUUUAAAUUGAACUAAUUAAAUAAUAGUUAAAAAUAAUUGUGUACUUCAAACGCAUAUCGUUAAAAAAUGAAUAGCACUAACAUUUUUGCUCAACGCAUUUAUUUAAUUAAAAAAAUCUAAUUAACUGUAAUUUUAAA